AUGUUAAAAAUUUAUUAAUUCAUCGUAAAGUUCUUUUUACAUCCAGGGGAAGUCUCGAAUGAAUUGGAGCCAAAAAAGAUAAUGAAUCUAUGGACGUUAUAAUUUAGAAAUUCAGAGAUAGAGGAAAAAUAUACAAGCAAGGAGAAAAACAGAAUUAUUGUUCUUUUUAGGCUGUCAUUCUUGAUACAUUUCUUCAUCAAUUUUAUCUACUUUCUAAAUAAUCAGUUUGUAGUGAAAAAUUAAACUGUGGCAUAUUUAAGAAUCGGAUUUAGUUUCUGGCAUGUACUUUGCUUAAUCUCUUAGGCGAACAUACAGAAGAUCCAAUACAAAUACAUUAUAUCUAUAUCGGAGAUAGUAAGUGCCUUUUCGACAAUAUUAAUUACAGAUGUUGUUAUCUAGACUUAAUUAUUCAACAAAUAAUGUACUUAAUAAUCUACAGCCUAAUCUUUGAAUAUCGGAAUAUAGGCUGGAAUCAUAAUAAUCAGCUACUUGAUGGUCUGUCCUCUAUGGUUUUGCUAAGGCUUAAUCCUUGUAGCCGCGACGAUCUUAAUAGUGGGUCUGGUUGGGAUGAUUGACUCAAUAUAUUGGACCUUUUAUGUGCUAUUGAUAAUGCUAAUAAUCUUCUUCCGUUCCAUAGAGUACUACAAAAGACUCGACUACUAUACGAUAUGCUAGCAGACCUCGAAUUUGAAGGCAUGCAAAAAUAUAUUUGAUAAAACAGUGCCGAAUUCAAUUCUGAUUUUAACAGGAUAAAGUGAUGAUUUAUAGGAUUCUACAAUUUCAGGUAAAGAAAUGAAAUUGAUUUACACAAAUGAUUUUGCAAUUAAAUACCUUUAGGUUUCUGAUGAAAACGAAAUAAUUCGAAAAUUAAAGUGCAUCUUUAUAUAAACUGAAUAGGAAUCGGAACAAGAGACAUACAAUAGUUGUGUCAGUAUUUAUGAUGUCCUUCAAUAAAAGCUAAUUUAGGCUGAAGAGUAAUUUCAAUAAACCUAGAGUAAUAGAUCAUCUGUAAUUAAAAACGAAUAUGAUAUAUCAGACGUAAGCGAUUACUUUUUAUGCUUCAAAUUAGAUUCGUAAUGUAAGGUGGCUCUAACUUCCAAGUCCCAAUUAAAAAUCAAAUCUCAUUUUGAAAUUCGUAUUUUACAAUGUAUAUGGGAAAACAAAAUUUCAAUUUUAGUUAUUAUGAAUGACAUCUCUGAGAGGAUCAGAUUGAAGCAUCUAAAAGAAAUGGAUCAAUACAAGGAUCGAUUAUUGGCUACAGUAUCUCAUGAUCUAAAGACUCCCUUAAAUGGAAUGAUGAUUGAUAUUGAUAUCAUGAGCCACAUUUUUAACAUUGAGUAGUUGUGUGUGCAUUUGGAUGAAUUUCAAUAAUCUGGCUAAUUGUUACUGUCAAUGAUCAAUGACUUAUUGGAUUAUAGUCAAAUCAAUAAGGGUUAAUUGAGAUUAAUACCAAAAACCUUCAAUAUAAACGAUACGUUUAAAUUUAUAAACUAAUUGUUGAAUAGACAAUCAUUAGAAAAAGGAGUCAAAUUGAUCUGGAAAAAUACAAUUGACGACAAAACCAGUCUCUUGUUAACCGAUGAAACAAGGCUCAAGUAGGUGUUAAUCAAUUUGGUAGCCAAUGCUAUCAAAUUCACAAUGCAGGGUCAAAUCUAAAUUGUGGCUAGUCAUCAUCUAGAGUGUGAUUUAAUAGAGAUAUCAGUUUCAGAUACUGGUUAUGGAAUUCCAGACGAAAUCUAGAGGAACCUCUUUAAAUUAUACAGUACUUACGACAUAGGUAAAAAUAAUAGACACGGAGUUGGUUUAGGAUUGACAAUUAGUUAGUAGUUGGUUUCACUUUUGGGUCCAUCUGAUAAAAUAGAGCUCAAAUCUCAGGUAGGCAAGGGGUCUACUUUUAAAUUUAAGAUUUAUAGAAUUUUGUAGCAAUCACUUGAGAACUCUUUACAAGAAUAGGAUUUACAUCAAAAGUAAAUGGUUCCUCGGUUUCCUUCAUAUAAGAAUCUUAAUUGUGUAAAAAAGAAAAGGGGACAAUUAAAAAAGGCCCAAACGUAUUAUAAAUUGGAAACCACUCCAGAUGAUUCCUAUAAAAUUCUUAUAGUGGAUGACACUCCCUUUAAUAUAAUUGCCUUGAGUGCAAUGCUCAAUUAAGUUAUGGACAAUUGUAAAUUGUUUAAGGCCUUCAAUGGUAAAUAAGCCUACGAUUUAUAUUCCAAAGAGUAAAUGAAUAUCAUCUUCAUGGAUGUCAAUAUGCCAGAGAUGGAUGGGUAUCAAUGUACGUCAGAGAUAAGAAAGUUUGAGCAAAUCGAACAACUAUCGUAAUCGAUUAUCGUAAUAGUGACAGCCUUUUCGGGAUCGGAUGAUAAACUUAGAUCGCAAAAAUGUGGAGCAGAUGACCACUUGGAUAAGCCAUUGAAUAUGGAUGAUCUUAAAAAAGUUAUGAAGAAAUUUGGAGUUAUAUGA